AUGGCCGGUGGCAAGGGCAAGUCCUCGGGCGGCAAGAGCUCCGGCGGCAAGACGUCCGGAGUUGAUGGUACCAAGAAGCAACAGAGUCAUUCGGCUCGCGCCGGUCUACAGUUCCCUUGCGGCCGUGUCAAGCGUUUCCUCAAACAAAACACGCAAAACAAAAUGCGGGUCGGUGCCAAGGCAGCCGUGUAUGUCACUGCCGUGUUGGAGUAUCUAACGGCCGAAGUGCUUGAACUUGCCGGGAACGCCGCCAAGGAUCUCAAGGUCAAGCGCAUUACUCCUCGCCAUCUCCAGCUUGCCAUCCGUGGCGACGAGGAGCUGGAUACUCUAAUCCGCGCCACCAUCGCUUUCGGAGGUGUCCUUCCCCACAUCAAUCGCGCCCUUCUCCUCAAGGUCGAACAGAAGAAGAAGGCCAAGGCGAUCGAGGCAUAA